AUUCCGAAUAUUCUACCAUCUCGGCUACGGAAUCACCUGUUAAUAAUCGAAAUGAAAGUAGCCACCAACUGCAAAGUACGUCGACGGUUUCAGGUUUGCUUCAAAUGUUUGAUAGUGACAAUAGUGAUGAUGACACUAGCUACUAUGAAGGGAAUUAUGAAAAACCGACAAAGGGCAAGAAAAGACAAAAAAAUAAUGAUAACGAAGACGAAGACAACAAUGAGACUGCCCAAUCUCUUAGAAAAAGGAAUG